AUGCCGAUGACGACGAGCGCUUCUACCGGGCCAACUCUCGACAGGGUUCCCAUCUCCCCGCUUUCCAUGCACGCCGUUUUCGCGACAACUACGACGCCGGUCCCUCAUCGCUCGUCGCCCUCACGCGUCGAGAAGACCUCCCCGCGAAAGCAGAGACGACAGCUGACCAAGAGGUCUUCCACCCGAAAGCGUUCAGGCUCUUUGAAGCAGAACAAGGCGACACGAGAGGCCGACUCCAGUGGAAACCCUGCGAAAUCGCCAUUCGAUGACUCUCACGAAGAAAAUAACGACGAGUCGGCCUUGGAACCAUUUCCGGCCUUUGACGAGAACGCAGCCCCCUCACGACCGGAGCCAACCACCCACCAUGGUAUCGACGCUGACGAAAUCGAACGAAAGGUCGCCGCCAUGUUGGCGGCAACCGAGGCUCUCAAGCCAACGUCACCUCAGGCCAAAGGGACGGCUGCGUCCAAGGUCUCACGGAUGGUUCCAUCCGUGUUGGCCAAGAUGUCAAACGCCUGGGACAAACUCAGCAGCAGACCAUCCACCCCCGAAGCUACUGAAGCUGCUAAGAUCCGAAAGGAAGGCAUCAGACACAACCUGGGCGGUGUGGUUGCCUCGAGGUCGACCCCACACAUACUGGCUCCGGCCGGUCGUGUUUCGAUCGAUUCCACGGAGCUGCGCCGUAACGAAGGUGCAAAUCUGAACAAGAGAAAGGUUCAAAAGAUUCUUGGAGCAAGUGUUGACUGCAAACUGACCUCCGAUUCUCGCAAGUCCUUGCGGACGGACCAAGCAGUUGAUGUUUCCGGCGGUGAGCCGACAGCUCCACAGGCCCCAAGCGAUUUAGAAAUCUGGCGAAUGUUUGUCGAAAUGGGCGAGACUGGCACCCAAGCACAGAUGGGCACUCAGGCGUCCAACUGCCCUUUCGACUCCGAAGCGGGAUUCGAGCAGAAUCUCGAAGAUAGGAUCUUGAACACACAGCCGGCUGGAUCCUCCACCCCUCGACCAGGUUCACCAUGCAAGUCCGCCAACGCUCCUGGCACGCCUCGACCCGGCUCUCCAUGCGAGUCCUCUGACGCGUCGGACUCAAAGUCCGCACACCUCUCUGGGGAGGAGAGUCUUGCAUCGGAUGUUAAGGUCAACCUGGCCGAAGUUGCUGUCAGGCUUGGAGACGAUGAGGCGAGAGCUACGAUUCGCCAGGUCAACGUGAAGCCGAGCGAUUCCGCGAGAGGCGCUGCUUCGACCACGGGCAGCACCAACCGACGAGUCAAGUCGAACGUGCACAAUCGCAUCGACGCCAUCAAGGGGGAGGAACGGCAGAAGAAGCAUCCCUCUCCGAGCAAGCAAGAGCUGGAGGAUCUUGAGCAGGCUCUUCAGUGGUACCUCACACUGGAGAACUCCGAGCAAGACCGUCAUGUUGACUGA